GUCGGGGUGGGAGCGGGCGGCGGCGGGGAGCGAGCGGCGGGCGAUGGGCGAGGGCGCGCUGGCCCUGGGCCUGCAGCUGCUGCUCCGCGCCUGCGAGCAGGGUGACACGGACACGGCGCGGCGCCUGCUGGAGCCAGGCGCGGAGCCGGGCGCGGGGUCCGAGGCGGGAGCGGAGCCGGCAGGGCCCGAGGCGGCCCGGGCAGUGGAGGCCGGGACGCCGGUGCCUGUGGACUGCUCGGAUGAGGCGGGCAACUCGGCGCUGCAGCUGGCGGCGGCCGGUGGUCACGAGCCACUCGUGAGGUUCCUGCUGCGCCGCGGAGCCUCGGUCAACAGCCGCAACCACUACGGCUGGAGCGCGCUCAUGCAGGCGGCCAGGUGUGGGCAUGCGAGCGUGGCACACCUCCUUUUGGAUCAUGGAGCUGAUGUCAACGCUCAGAAUCGGCUGGGUGCCAGUGUGCUCACUGUGGCUUCCCGAGGGGGCCACCUGGGUGUGGUGAAACUGCUGCUCGAGGCAGGCGCCACUGUGGACCAUCGCAACCCUUCUGGCGAGUCAACAGCAUCGGGAGGCAGCAGGGACGAACUGCUGGGCAUCACAGCCCUGAUGGCUGCCGUCCAGCAUGGGCAUGAGGCCGUCGUACGCCUGCUGAUGGAGUGGGGUGCCGACCCCAACCACACAGCCCGGACUGUGGGCUGGAGCCCUCUGAUGCUGGCAGCCCUCCUCGGGAAGCUCAGUGUGGUGCAGCAGCUGGUCGAGAAGGGAGCCAACCCUGACCACCUCGGCGUGCUGGAGAAGACGGCCUUCGAGGUUGCCCUUGACCGAAAACACAGGGAUCUAGCUGACUACCUGGAUCCUCUGACCACUGUCAGGCCGAAAACAGAUGAGGAGAAGAGGCGACCUGAUAUUUUCCACGCCCUGAAGAUGGGAAACUUCCAGCUGGUCAAGGAGAUUGCUGACGAAGACCCCAACCACGUGAACCUGGUCAACGGGGACGGGGCGACCCCACUGAUGCUGGCUGCUGUCACGGGGCAGUUGCCCCUGGUACAGCUGCUGGUGGAGAAGCAUGCAGACAUGAACAAGCAGGACAGCGUGCAUGGCUGGACGGCCCUCAUGCAGGCCACCUACCACGGAAAUAAAGAAAUCGUAAAGUAUCUGCUAAAUCAAGGGGCUGAUGUUACUCUUCGAGCCAAAAACGGAUACACGGCCUUCGACCUGGUAAUGCUGCUGAAUGAUCCUGACACUGAACUUGUUCGACUGCUAGCGUCUGUGUGCAUGCAGGUGAAUAAGGACCGAGGUGGUCGGCCCAGCCACCGUCCACCCCUGCCCCACUCGAAGGCCAGGCAACCCUGGAGCAUCCCCGUGCUGCCCGACGACAAGGGAGGCCUGAAGUCCUGGUGGAGCCGGAUGUCCAACAGGUUCCGAAAACUCAAACUUAUGCAGACACUGCCACGCGGGCUGGCUGCCAACCAACCUUUGCCUUUCUCUGACGAGCCUGAGCUGGCACUGGACUCCACCAUGCGGGCACCCCCCCAGGACAGGACUAACCACCUUGGGCCACCUGAAGCAGCCCAUGCAGCCAAAGACAGUGGCCCUGGGAACCCAAGAAGGGAGAAGGACGAUGUGUUACUGACGACCAUGCUUCGCAAUGGAGCCCCCUUCCCCCGGCUCCCCAGUGACAAGCUUAAGGCCGUCAUCCCACCCUUCCUGCCCCCGUCCAGCUUCGAACUGUGGAGCUCCGACAGGUCCCGCAUGUGUCCCAAUGGGAAGGCGGACCCCACGAAGACUGUACUGCCCCCAAGAGCCAGCAGGGCCCACCCUGUGGGCUGCGUGGGCACAGACGGUGCUGCUGGCAGGCCAGUCAAAUUCCCCAGCAUCUCCAGGAGCCCCACGUCCCCUGCCAGCUCCGGGAACUUUAACCACUCGCCUCAUUCUUCAGGGGGUGCCAGUGGCGUGGGCAGCAUGAGCAGGCUGGGGGGAGAGCUGCAUAACCGCUCAGGUGGCAGCGUAGACAGUGUCCUCUCCCAGAUCGCUGCUCAGAGGAAAAAAGCAGCUGGCCUGUGUGAGCAGAAGCCCCCCUGCCAGCAGUCCAGUCCUGUGGGGCCAGCGACCAGCUCCAGCCCACCUGAGCUGCCAGCCUCCCUCCUGGGCAGUGGUAGUGGCUCUUCCAGUGGUACUUCCAGCAGCAAGAAACUGGACCCUGGCAAACGGCCUCCCUCUGGAACUUCUGCUACCUCUAAAAGCACCUCUCCCACCCUCACGCCCUCCCCCUCUCCCAAAGGCCACACUGCGGAGUCCUCAGUGUCUUCCUCCUCGUCCCACCGGCAGUCUAAGAGCAGUGGGGGCUCCAGCAGUGGCACCAUCACUGAUGAGGACGAGCUGACUGGAAUCCUUAAGAAGUUAUCACUUGAGAAAUACCAGCCCAUCUUCGAGGAGCAAGAGGUGGACAUGGAAGCUUUCCUCACACUCACCGACGGUGACCUGCAGGAGCUGGGGAUUAAGACGGAUGGUUCCAGGCAGCAGAUUCUGGCGGCCAUCUCUGAGCUGAAUGCGGGCAAGGGGCGUGAGAGGCAGAUUCUACAGGAAACCAUUCACAACUUCCACUCUUCCUUUGAGAGCAGCGCCAGCAACACCAGAGCCCCUGGCAACAGUCCCUCCAUGGCCGGAUGGGUAAGGCCGGAAGAAACAGUGUCGAGCAGGAGGUAGCCGCAGCUUGGGUGGCUCCGCUGGCCUCGGAGCCCUGAGGUGGUGAGGACUGAGCAGUGAACCCCGCCCUUCCGCUGUGUCUGCUCCUGGGUUAUUUCUUCCCUGGGACUCACAGCAAGUGGACAGAGAGAAGGCUGGCUAGCCAGAUCCUCAGGGCUGAUGCAGUGGGCAGAGCCUGGGAAGCC